AUGUCCGAACAGCAAGAUGCCGCCAACCAGGCGGUUGAAAAGCUCACGCACCACUUGAAACAAGUUGAACAGCACCCGUCACUCCCACUCGAGGCCGCGCUAUUUGACGAUGUGGAACCGCUUGCGGCGUCGAAUUCUCUGAGCUCAAAGACGGCCUAUGAGCUCCUCUCUCAAAUGACGCGCCUUUUCACCCUUCUCCAGCAGGACCCCACCCCGGUCAUUCAACUGGUGACCAAGAUCGGUGCUGCCUUCGACUUUGACACCAUCAGGUCACUGGAUCCACCCAUAGACUUCGCAGGCGCCUUGAUCUUGGCAGCUACCCCGUACCAUGCUCUAGCACUGCAGACGCUGGAAAAGGCAGCCAGAGAUGUACGGCAUGCUGAGUAUAUUGCCAGCAUCCCGAACGUCAUCUCGCGUUUGAUCACCCUGUGGCUUGCAACCGACGACAUUGGCACCGCAGAGAGGGCUGGCCACGUCUUGUAUGAUCUUCUCAAGGUCGACCGGGAUCCUGCCGAUGUCAUGGGCAUCGAGUCUGCACCGGACUCGAUGAGCAGCAGCAAUCCUCACGUGGCAGUAGAUGUUUCAGACUCAGGCACGAGUGCGACCCAUGGCACCGGUUUCGUAUGGAAGCGCGUCUUUGGCGAUCGAGACGUCUACACGCUGUUCUUCAGCUUGUGCGGCGGUAAGAGCGUGAUUCACGGCAUCCCUGAUCUAAGCAGGUCCCAAAAGACAAUUGCCCAAGCUCGCCUGAUGUCCUGGCUGCCCAAGGUUGGUGCACUCAGCUGGGAGGCUAUUACACGUUCGCACCACCCCGACAUCGAGCAGGACUACGGACUGAAGUCGCCUGGCCUCCUGGACUUCAUCGCUCUGCACACUGUCGACUACGAUGGAGACAUUCUAAUGCACAUUAGCCUCAUGGAGUUCUUCUCAGAUCUUUUGAAUACGUGCAACCAACCAUCCAAACAUACUGCAUCUCAUCACGAGUCCAACGCGCUCGAAUAUCUCAAGACACGCAAGUUACAUGACAGAACUCUGAGCUUCUUCCUGAACCCCACAGCCCAUGAGUCGUUCGAAAUCUCCUACCUCUACAGCCCAGCUGCCAAGUAUCUGGCGACCUACGCAUCAACUUAUCCCACAGACUUUGAAUCCAGCGAAGUUAAGGCCACGACGCUCCGUCGCCUCAUGAACGUGUUUAGCAGCAUGAAGCCUGCUCAAUGGGUCCAUGGAGAAUCACCCCGCCAUGAUCUCCACGUCCUCGCCUCGCUUCCGCGUACCUCCCUCCUUGCCGACUCCAGCGCCAUCUGGGCUUCUUCGCCCCUCUCCCUCAUCCCCGGCUCCCGUUCCACCAACCCCGACGCCCUCCACACGCUCGCCACCAUCUUCCGCGGACCGGAAGACUCCAGCAAAAACCUCAUCUUCCCCGCACCCGCCGCGCCGUCCCGCACCAGCGCCACUUUCCCCGAACGUCUCGCCGCCGAGCGGUCGUCCGCCCGUGCCCUCUGCGCGCUCUUCAUCCAGCACAACGCGUCCUUCUUCCCCGAUCUCGUGCAGCUCGCCGAGACGGUCGCCUUGAAGGACACGGCGCUGGCGUCGCUCGACUUCAUGAACGCGCUCGCCACCUCCUCGUGGUCUGCCGAGUCCCCGUCGUCAUCCGCUGCGCCCUCCGACUUCCCUUCGAACGGCCUCGCGGCGCUGCUCCGGCCGGGUAACCCCGUCGUGCCGUACUUGCUGCGGCCGGCACCGUCGUUCUCCAACCUGGUCGGCGGCAGGGGCGAUGCCGAGAAUGCGGCGUACCAGGUCGCGUCGAGGAAGUUCGAUGUCGUGCGUGCGUUGUUGAGGAGGCUGGAGCAGAGCUCGGCAGAGGAGGUUCCCGGAAGAGAGGGGUUGCUGGGCAUGCUCAGGGGCAGGGUGAGCGAGGGCGUCUGGGGCAGGGGUGGCGAGAUCGGCGGACGGAUCGGGACGUUGGAGUUAUAG